AGGCUGUGGGGGAUGUGGAGGAGAAGCUGUCAGACCUGGGCACGGUGUAAAUGCAGGUGGGGAGAAGGCUGCUCAUAAGCCCCGCAGGUGCACUGGGGCCGCGCAGUCUGCCGAGGAAAGGGCAGGAGUUACUUUUGCCCCCCAGACAAAAUGUUUCUGAGCUCAUCCCCUGAGACACCCAGGAAGAAGAUGAUCAGCUGCAGGCAAAGAAAUUGGCUUUGGGAAUUGGAUUUCUAUUCCUCUCCUCUUUUGUUUCUUUUGGUUUGUUUUUUCCUUCCAGAUUUGUCACCAUGAACUUCUUGGCAUUUGAGUCCAUCUGCAUUUUCCUGCUUUCCCAAGCUUUGCUGGCAUUGGGUAUACAACAAAUCCACGUUGGCCAGGAGAUGAUUGGCAAGAUCUCAGCUGCUGGCCAGUUGUUGCAGUGCUCUGCCUCAUUAGAUGUCCUUUUCCUCCUGGAUGGCUCCUACAGCAUUGGCAAAGGAAGCUUUGAAAGGUCCAAGCACUUUGCAAGCAAGCUCUGUGAUGCCUUGGACAUCCAUCCAGACAGAGUCCGUGUGGGAAUGAUACAGUUUAGCUCAACUCCCCACCUUGAAUUCCCACUGGAUUCUUAUCUCACCAAACAAGAAGUGAAAGAGAGAAUCAAGAGGACUGUGUUCAGAGGUGGGAGCACAGAGACAGGUCAGGCUCUGAAGUACAUUCUCCACAAGGGUUUCCCUGGUGGCAGAAACUCAAGUGUCCCUGAAGUCCUGAUCAUCAUUUCGGAUGGAAAGUCCCAGGGCAGCACUGCAAUGCCUGCAAUGCAGGUGAAGGAGAGACACAUCACAGUUUUUGCUGUGGGAAUCAAGUUUCCAAGGUGGGAGGAGCUGCAGGUGCUGGCCAGCGAGCCCCCUGAGCGGCACCUGCUCUUUGCUGGAGAUGCUGAGGAUGCUGCCAACGGCCUGUACAGCACCUUGAGUGACCCUCUCUGCACUGCCACUGCUCCAGGCUGCAAAGUUGAGUCCCACCCGUGUGAGCGCAGGACCCUGGAGACUGUGAAAGAGCUGGCUGGCAAUUAUGUGUGUUGGAAAGGCUCAAAGCAGCCCAAUGCAGUGCAGGCUUCACUGUGCCCUCUCACCAGAUGGAAGCGAGUCUUGAUAAAACACCCAUCCAGAUGCUUCCGAACUGUAUGUCCAGACCCUUGUGACUCCCAGCCCUGCCAGAAUGGUGGCACGUGUGUCCCAGAGGGACUGGACAGAUACCACUGCCUCUGCCUGCUGGGCUAUGGAGGAGACAUCCACUGUGCAGCAAAGCUGAGCCUCGAGUGCAGCGUGGAUCUCCUUUUCCUGAUGGACAGCUCAGCAGGGGUCACACUGGAAGGGUUCCUGCGCUUCAAGGCCUUCCUCAAGAGAUUCCUCCAAGCCAUGGUGGGCCAGGACUCGCCAAUGAGCAUGGGGGUGGCCCAGUAUGAUGACAGUGUCAAGGUACCCAUUGAACUGGGCCAGCACAAGGACGCUGUCAGUCUCAUGGAGAGUAUUGAUGCCUUGGAUUUCAGUGGAGGGAGAACCCUGACAGGCAGGGCCCUGCAGUACGUUGCACAGCACGGUUUUAGGAGUACCCCAGUCUUUGCAGAUGUGCAGGAUGAUCUCCCACGUGUGGUUGUCCUGCUCACUGACUCCAAGUCCCAGGAUUCGGUGGCAGAAGCUGCUAAGUAUGCAAAGGAUCAAAAUAUCUUCUUGAUUGGCAUAGGGAGCAGCUUCAUGAGAGCAGAGCUGACCACGGUGACUGGCAAUCCACAGCAGACCAUUGUCUACUCAGACCCUCAGGACCUCUUCAACCGGAUGCCAGAGCUGCAGAGAAAAAUCUGCAGUGUGGGCAAUCCCGAAGGCUGCCAGGCCCAGUCUCUUGAUUUGGCCUUUGCUGUGGAUGCCUCGUCUGGAGUUGGCCUGGAGAACUUUCUGCGUCUGAGGCACUUUGUCAGGAGCAGCUGCUUGCACUUCAUCAUCAACCGGGACGUCACCCAAAUUGCCCUGGUGACCUAUGGCAGCAGAGCUCACACUGUGUUUGCCUUGGACACCCACACAAGCAGCUCUGCUCUCCUGCAGGCCAUCGACCAGGUGCCCUUCCUUGGGGACUCAGCCUCUGCUGGCAGGGCCUUGCAGCAUGUUCACAGUGACAUAAUGACUGUGCAGAAGGGAGCAAGACCUGGUGUCAACAAGGUGGUGGUGCUGCUCUCCAACGGAGGGGGCAUGCAGGAUGCAGCUGCCCCAGCUCAGCAGCUGAGGCACAAUGGCAUCUUGGUGUUUGUGGUUGUCAUUGGGGACACAGAGAGGGACACGCUGCUGAGAGUUGCUGGGUCCCCCAGCUACCUGGUCCACAUCUCCUCCUAUGAAGACCUGCAGUAUUACCAAGGCCUUAUCAUUGAGAGGAUCUGUGAAGAAGCGAGAAGCCCUGUGAACCUGUGCAAGCCCAACCCCUGCAUGAACCAGGGCGUGUGCAUCCUCGGGCCGGGGAGCUACCGCUGCCAGUGCCACGGCUGGGAGGGACCCCACUGCGAGAGCAGAGUUCUCCGGGGUGACUCUCCGAGAUCUCCAGCCCUUCCUCCACGUUCCCAUGUGCAGUGGAGUCCAAGGGGUUUGCAGUACUUCUCCAGAGCCCUCCAGCACAGCAAAAGGCAUAUGGAUCAGAGGCAUUGACACAGAUGUGCUGAGUGCUCCAGCUCUCCAUCCAGGAACACUUCCUGCCACUCACAGGCACUUGGCAGUGAUGGAGUUGCUCCAGCACAGGCACAGGCCAUUCCCAAUUCCUGCAUUGCACAAACUGGGCUUCCCAGCGCUCUCUUUCUUUUAUAACUGAAGUAAAUAUUUGUGUUUAAGUA